AUGCCGCGAAGAAUCCGCAGAAAUCUAAGCUUGACUGUUAAAGGGACAAACCCGUUCAAAUCAAGGAGAGACAAAGAAAUAAACACGGCCGAAGUAAAUUUCAAUUCAUUUAAUCAACGAGCGUCUGGAAAGAAAGAAAAACAGAAGGAGGAAGCGACAGUGAAGCACAAGUCCAGCCCAAAACUACCCACUCUCACAAAACCCAGGACACUUAGCCAAGAAGAUUCAAAGGAUAUUCAAAAUCUCUUCCAAGUGCGAUAUUUCGACGGCCCUUUUCACGAAGUUAGGAAGUCAAAGAACAGUUCGCACCGUUCAGAAGCCUCCAAGACUUCACGAGAUACUUCUUCGUCCAUUCAGGUAAACCACGAUGAUAGAGUAAAAAAAACCGACCAUCGUUUCAAAAACAAGCGCUCUGUUAGGCCUUUGCUACAGGCCACUGUACGUAGAAGCCUAAGAGUGAAUUUAAGAGGAAAAGAUGGAUUGAAAAGUCAAGAGAUACAGCUCCACUGUACACCCAACAACAAGGAUAUUUAUCCACCAUGUUUUCAAAAUGACUCACGCGUUGAGAAUAUACUAUUCAAAAUAAGCUCUUUAAAAACCAGCGAUGAAGACACACAACCGAUAUUUCACUUGCCAAGGGUAAAUAAAACCGAUACACCAUCUGGAAACCUAAAAGACGACAGCGUCUUUUCUGUGUUUAACCUUAAGGGUAUUAAAUCGUCACCGAUCUAUUCGAGAUUCAGAAACAGUUGGGUUCCACACCGUGAUAAAUACUAUAUGAAUAAUUCAGCUUUCUUUCAAGCGCUCUCCCAGCAGCCUGCCGUGUUGCUAAGGCAACCAUCGCCAGUAGCGGGAGUUCAAAUGACUUUAAAGGACCACGAAGAUUCUGUUCUGGCCGCCAUUCAAGCUGUGCGGGAAACAAACAUCAAAACUCCAACUGCUGAGACAAAGUUGACUCAGCAAAGAAAAAAGCUAGUUGUCACGUUGCCGCAAAUAUGUUGAACGUAUGAUAAAUCUGUUUCAAAGCAACCUCGUUCCCAGCGCACUGGGAACGAGGUUGGUUUCAAAGUGUAUGCAUGUAAUUUAAUGGGAAGAUUCAUGACGUGCUUCUCGGGUUGCCAUCAAUCCUUUCACUUCCAAGAUCUCAUGUGAAAGUCUCCCUACUGUCUGCAAUACAAUUCUUGUGAUGCUACUUCGGAGAAUUUAGUAUGAGAUCAACUAGUAAUCCUCUUAUUGAUAAUUUUCUUUAUUCUCAUCACUUGUCUGCUUGAUAUUGUAUUGAUAUUGUAAGGAAAAAUUCUGUCUUGGUCACUCAUGGGAUUGAAAGGGUUAAUAAACGUUUUCAGAAGAAAGCUUGCCGAGUGAGGGAGUCUCCGUUUAACCAGAAAAACAGGAAUGGAUUUAAAUAAUCCUUAGCUGUCAAGAGUAAGCCGUGUUUAUAGGAAAGACGCUUCACUUGUACUUUGCUUCUAUUCAACCCGAAGUAAACAAAGAAAAUUAAUUCACUGCCAAAAUCGUCCUAGCUAACACUUUAUUUUCACCCUAAAAUAUUGAGUUACAGAGCGAUAAUCGUUUAUCUGCGAAAAUAGUUAAUUCCACUAUUUGCCAUCUCCUAAGCUUUCUAUCGCUGUAACGAUAGAGUACAGACAAAGAUUUUAUCUAUUUUACUUCUGCCUAAACAAUUGUUAGCCUCUUCCGAAGAAAAUAUUUCCCACUAAGAAAAACAUGUCUUCUCACGAAGCUUACUUUACGGAAAUAAAUUUCCAUCUACAUUACACGGUUGUGUCCCGAUAAAUUCGAAACUUCAACAUCCACCCCCGAGCAACCCACAGGCAUUUGACCGUCGACCGCGCCCAGGGGUGGAGAAUUUGAACCGGAAGUGUCGUCUUUCCAGCGGAACGGUAAAUUAAGGUAAAUAGUUCACUUUUCCGAGCGAAUGAUUCAAAAGAAAAGGGUCUACAAGGUCUAGGUUUUAAAGCCCUGGUCAUUGUGUAAAAAGUCACGGUCGCUGAUUUUGCCUUUUACAAAAAAAAAUUUGGUGUAAUGUAAAAGUGAUCCCUAAAUCAAGCAACAACAAACUCAAAUUUUGAGACUAAAGUAUCAUGAUAGCACUAGAGCAUAUGCAUAACUAUUGCUCCUAACCCCUACCCAUGUGACAACUACUGUACU